CCGAAGGCCCCCGAGCCGAUCCCCCCACUUGCACCGCGAACCAGGUGAGCCGAGGGGCGGCCUUCUGUGCAUUCCGCACCGCCCCUUGCUACGCUGGUGGGAGCCGAUAGGAGAAGAGCGUGGAAACUUUUUCUGUUGCGUAGCCAGAUCCGGAUCCCGUGGCGGCGGCGGCGGCGGCAGCUAGACUGACGUGGUCCAUCGAAUCCAAACAGAAGAGGAAAGAAAGCCGCGGCCGGAUCGGCGUCCCGGGGCUGCGCUCUCGUCCUCUGUGGUUUCAGCGCAGCAGAGUAGACAAAGCCGGUCUGGUUAAGCUUCAUUUGAGUGACCAUGGCAGAAGGCGGAUUCGAUCCCUGUGAAUGUAUUUGCUCACAUGAAAAUGCCAUGAGGAGGCUGAUCAAUCUGUUACGGCAAUCCCAGGCCUACUGCACGGACACGGAAUGUCUUCAGGAAUUGCCGGGACCAAGUCCAUCGGCUGAUGAUAGCGGCAUCAGUGUUACAAUGAUAAUGGUGGCCUGGCUGGUUCUAGCCCUUGCCUUGUUCUUGAUGAGUCCCGCAAACUUCAGGAGAUCCAAUAGAGCUGAAAAACCAACCAGCCCGCAUAACGGACAAGAACCGCCAGCACCACCUGUGGACUAGAACAUACCGGAAAAGUUCAGCCGGAAAAGUUCAACCAGCUGUAAGCUUGCACGGCCAACUGGAUGAAAGUGACCAAACACUUUCUACUCCUAAACCCCAUACAAUACUGUGCUCUUCCACAGAUUUAUAAAUCCUUUCUUUUUCUGUUAUCAUUCCUAGCAGAUUACACUUGAAUAAACUAACAAAUGUGGCAGGAGGUGAUGGACAUUUUUGGUGAUGGUGGUUGGACUGGUAAAUAUUCAGAGUUAGUGGAUCCACGGAGAACUCAUUGUGGGAAGAGGAAUUGCUUUACCCCGGCCUAUUGGGCUCUGUUUAGAGAUGUAAAAUUUCUGGAAAUUU